UUUCAGUGAGAAUAUUUUAUGGAAGUAAAAAAAUUUGAGCGGACAUGCGGAGGCUGCUCUGAAAGUAGGCAAGCGAGCAGUUGAGAAUGGAGAAGCUUAGAUGUUUGGUUCCAGAGAGCGUGAAGCGGAGGGUGGCAGAGAGCAGCGCUGAUGAUCUUCCUUCAUUAUCAUCUUCUCUUGUUGAUUUGUUUCUCAGUUUGACGGAAUUCCAUCAGUUGAUCGGAGAGUUGGCGAAGAGAGAGACCGGUCUUUGCGGCAAGAACAGGGAGGCUGCUUUGGACUUGAAACAAAAGGGCAAUCAAUGCUAUUCCACCAGAGAUUACUCCCAGGCUUUGCGUUGCUAUUCUCAGGCGCUUCGUGUUGCUCCCAUUGAUGCCGACGACAUGGGCAAAAAUCUUGUUGCAACAUUGUAUUUAAAUCGAGCUUCCUUAUUUCACAAAAUGGACCUUCCAAUGGAGUCUCUCCGAGAUUGUAGCAGGGCUCUUCAAGUUUCUCCUUCCUAUCCUAAGGCGUGGUAUAGGAGAGGCAAGGUAAAUGCUACUCUGGGGAAUUACGAAGAUGCGGUCAAUGACUUAACUGUUGCUAGGAACAUGGAGCCAUCACUAGGGGGAAAGAAACAGAUAGAAAGUGAACUGGAUAUACUCGGACAGCAUCAUGACAGGAAAAGUGCUAAACCAGUUCACUAUAACCAGAAAAGUGUAGGAAUUCCAGACAGUACAAAUCAUCUGUCAGAUGUGCCACACCAAAUAAAACUACACUGCGUCACAACCCCAGAUAAAGGAAGGGGUAUGGCUUCCCAAUUUGACAUUCCUCAAGCUUCCUUGAUUCAUACUGAAGAACCUUAUGCUGUGGUCAUUUUGAAGCAUUGCCGGGAAACUCAUUGCCAUUAUUGCUUGAAUGAACUACCGGCAGAUACUAUCCCCUGUAUUUCAUGUUCAAUGCCAUUGUACUGUUCCCAGCAUUGCCAAGUGAGAGCAGGAGGACAAAUACACUUCAAUUAUUCAAAUAAAGUUGACAUAUGUGAAAAGAUGUCCAGCUCGAUUGAAGAGUAUAUUGCAGAUAAAACUGUAGGCAGUAAUUUUGAUCCAAAACUUGAGUGCAUUCCAGAACAUAAACAUGAAUGCCAAGGAGUGCACUGGCCUGCAAUAUUGCCUUCUGAUGUAGUUCUAGCUGGUCGAGUCGUAGUGAAAUCUAUAGAGCAGAAAGAACAAUUUAUUGAGGUUCCAAAUUUUUUGGAAACUUUGGGGCUUUGUGAGAGUUAUUCAAAAAUGCCUCCAGAAAGCAAAUUGGAACUGAAUAUAUAUUCCAUUGUUCUGUUAUUUUGUCUACAACACUCUUACAGUUCUGAACUUUCAAUUAAUGGAGUCUCCACAUCACGGAUUGUCAUACUUCUGUCUCAAAUUAGAAUGAAUUCUAUGGCAAUUGUACGUAUGAAAUCCAGUGAUGUUUAUGACCAGCAAGAUUGGUUUCGGAAGUUUUCCUCUGGUGAGGCAGAGACAGCUUUAACUAGUAGUGUGGAACAGGUCAGAGUAGGUCAGGCUCUUUAUAUAACUGCCAGCUUGUUCAACCAUUCAUGCCGGCCAAACAUCCAUGCAUAUUUUAUUUCACGUUCUCUCGUAAUAAGAGCAACAGAGUUUGUGGCUGGAGGGUGUCCCCUGGAAUUGUCUUAUGGUCCACAGGUUGGGCAAUGGGACUGUAAAGACCGCCUUAGGUUUCUUGACGAACAGUACUUUUUUCGAUGUUGGUGCCAUGGUUGUUCAGAAGUGAAUGCAUCUGAUCUUGUAAUUAAUGGAUUUUGUUGUGUUAAUCCAAAUUGUUCUGGAGUGGUUUUAGAUAAGCUUGUGGCUAACUGCGAAAAGCAGAAACCUAAAAUUCCAGAAACAAUCGGCGUUGAGUCUCAUUUGCAGGUACAUGAGCUCAAUGAUAUUGACAUCAAGAAAGCAGCUCACAUUUCACUUGAUGAAACGCGGAGUUCCCUCCGUAUUGAUUCCGAGUAUUGCUUGAAAUGUGGUUCCUACUGCAAUUUGGCAUCUAUGAGUGAAGCAGUUAAAAAAGCUUGGAUUAAUCUCAGAAGGCUGCAGGAUUCAAUAACUUUAAAAGAUAUGCACGGUACUGAGCUUUCAGAUGCUUUGAGAUCUGUUGGUAUUCUGAGAUCAAUACUGCAUGCUUAUAACAAAGGCAUUGGAGAAGCAGAGGACAAUCUUGCACAGGCAUUUUGUUUCACAGGAGAUCUGCAGCCAGCAAGAGACCAUUGUAAAGCAUCGAUUGAGAUAUUGGAAAAGCUCUAUGGCCCCGAUCACAUUGUGAUUGGAUAUGAAUUGGUUAAGCUUUCAUCGAUUCAGCUAUGCUUGGGUGAUUGUGCUGCUGUGGACAGCAUAAAUCGACUGAGUCUGAUAUUUUCAAGAUACUAUGGACCUGAUGCAGGCAUUAUAUUUCCUUAUCUAGGGUUCCUUAGGAGGAAAAGUUGCCAUAUUGUCCACUGAAAUUGCCAAAUGUUUUUUCUCAUCAAGCAGUUAAGAGAGUGAGAUUUAAUGCCCUUAACUGCCCUUACCCCAGAAUGGACGUUGGAUAUCAGUAUUCGUUUUGUAGUUUAUGUAGCUAAUUAAGCAGUUGGUUAGAGUUUCAGUGGUUGUUGGUUCUGUCUGUA